AUGGGAAUUGCUUGUAGUGUUGAUUUGGUGCAAUUGGGCUACUGCAAAGUUCUGCAGAAGAAAAAGGAGCCACCGCAGCCAGUCGUGGCGAAGACAAACCACCGCCAGCUGAAGAGCUCCGGGAAUGGCCGCGUAAAUGGAGAGUUAGUGCGCGCAGACGGGCGGGGAGCGCCCCGUGGGAGAUUGCGGGAAGCUUCCUCAGCCUCUGCAUCCUCCGCGCCCCCUGCGCCCCCCAACUUCGCCCGCACCUGCCACCCUCGGCUGCGGCUUCUCAGCCGGACGCUGGGGCGGGGCGAUGUGGUGAAACCUGGCCUAGCUCGGGCCCACUUAUCGGCAAAGUCAGCCGAGAAAGAAGAUCUUACGCAGCAAGGGCCAUGCCCUUUACCCUUGCCGUCCGUUCCUGUGUUCAAUAGUAAAGACAUCUGUGCAGGAUUUGUUGGUAGUACUGGAGAUUUUUCUUUAAUGGGACCUGGAGGAACUGCUAUUCUGCACAGCGGUGCCGUGCGAGGCUCCGCAGAUCAUGCGCCUCUGGACGCACAGCCAUGCAGCUGCGAAGGUCCAUGUGCCUCUGGACACACAGCUGCCCCGCCUGCAUGGCUGUCCGAGGAUCUGUGCGCCGGCAGACACACAGCUUUCUGCGGGCCCAGUGCCAAGCCUCUGGGCGCUUUGUCUCCUGGCUCCGCUUUGGGCUGUCGCUCCCUCCCUCAAAGUCUCCAGUCCCAGUGCGCACUCACUCAGCCAUCCAUGAGGCUGCUGUCAUUUAUGGAUAUAUUAUUAAUAUCUACUUUGAUUUUUUUUCUCUCUUCUCUGUUUCAGACUCCUGGGAGAGUUGGCUCUCAAGGUUCUGAUUUAGAUUCAUCAGCUGCUCCUAUAAACACAGUGGAUGUCAAUAAUGAAAGCUCUUCCGAGGGUUUCAUCUGUCCGUUAUGUAUGAAAAGAUGUAUAACUGCUAGUGAUUUGUCGGAGCAUUACCAGCAAGUGCACGCUGAAAAUGAGACAAGAGGACAGGAGCUUCUUAAUGACUCCAGUGUUACUGGUUUCAUAUGUCCCCAGUGUAUGAAAUCCCUUGGAUCUGCUGAUGAACUUUUCAAACACUAUGAAGUAGUUCAUGAUGCUGGUAAUGAUUCCAGUCACGGAGGAGAGGCCCUUGCUCUGAAGCGAGAUGAUUUAACACUACUUAGACAAGAGGUCCAAGACCUUCAAGCUUCACUUAAGGAAGAAAAAUGGUACUCAGAAGAAUUAAAGAAAGAAUUAGAAAAAUUUCAAGGGCUUCAGCAACAAGAGUCUAAACCUGAUGGAUUGGUGGCUGAUUCAUCUGCAGAAUUACAGUCUUUGGAACAACAAUUAGAAGAAGCCCAAACAGAAAAUUUUAAUAUUAAGCAAAUGAAAGACCUAUUUGAACAGAAAGCAGCCCAACUUGCCACUGAGAUUGCAGAUUUAAAGUCAAAAUAUGAUGAAGAAAGGAGUCUUCGAGAAGCUGCUGAACAAAAAGUGACAUAUCUGACAGAAGAAUUAAACAAAGAAACAACUAUAAUUCAAGAUCUGAAGACUGAACUGCUUCAGAGACCUGGUAUAGAAGAUGUUGCCGUGCUAAAGAAAGAACUGGUACAAGUUCAAACGCUAAUGGACAGCAUGACGUUAGAGCGUGAAAAAGAAUCUGAAAAACUCAAAGAUGAGUGCAAAAAGUUACAAGCAGAAUAUGCUAAUUCAGAGGCCACAAUAAGCCAGCUAAGGAGUGAACUUGCUAAAGGCCCUCAGGAAGUUGCUGUAUAUGUGCAGGAACUACAAAAACUUAAAAGUUCACUUAAUGAAUUAACACAAAAAAAUCAGAACUUAACCGAAAAGCUUCAUAAGGAAGAACUGGAGUGUACUCAGUUAGAGGAGAAAUAUAAUGAAGAAUGUGUGAGUAGAAAGAAUAUACAAGCAAGCCUUCAUCAGAAAGACCUAGAUUGUCAACAGCUUCAGUCAAGAUUAUCUGCAUCUGAAACCUCCCUGCAAAGAAUACAGGCAGAGCUAGGUGAAAAAGGAGAAGCUACACAGAAACUCAAGGAAGAAUUAUCAGAAGUAGAGACCAAGUACCAGCAUCUGAAGGCUGAAUUUAAACAGCUGCAACAGCAGAGAGAAGAAAAAGAGCAGCACGGGUUACAACUCCAAAGUGAAAUUAACCAACUACAUAGCAAACUUCUGGAGACAGAGCGCCAACUAGGCGAAGCUCAUGGUAGGCUAAAGGAGCAGAGACAGCUUUCAAGUGAAAAGUUGAUGGAUAAAGAACAGCAAGUGGCUGAUCUACAACUCAAACUUUCUCGUUUAGAAGAACAGUUGAAGGAAAAAGUAACGAAUUCUACAGAAUUGCAGCAUCAAUUAGAUAAAACAAAGCAACAGCAUCAAGAACAACAAGCUCUUCAGCAAAGCACUACAGCCAAACUGCGAGAAGCUCAGAAUGAUUUAGAGCAAGUGCUACGUCAAAUUGGUGAUAAGGACCAAAAGAUCCAGAACCUUGAAGCCUUAUUACAGAAGAGUAAAGAAAAUAUUACCUUAUUAGAAAAAGAAAGAGAAGAUCUUUAUGCAAAAAUUCAGGCUGGUGAAGGAGAGACUGCUGUUCUUAACCAGUUACAAGAAAAAAACCAUACCUUACAGGAACAAGUAACUCAACUAACAGAGAAGCUGAAGAAUCAGUCAGAAAGCCAUAAACAAGCCCAGGAGAAUUUGCAUGACCAAGUGCAAGAGCAGAAGGCACAUCUUAGAGCUGCACAAGACCGUGUCCUUUCCUUAGAAACUAGUGUCAGUGAACUAAGUAGUCAAUUAAAUGAAAGCAAGGAGAAGGUCUCCCAGCUUGACAUACAGAUUAAAGCCAAAACUGAAUUAUUGCUAUCAGCAGAAGCAGCAAAAACUGCUCAAAGAGCAGAUCUUCAGAAUCAUUUGGACACAGCCCAGAAUGCAUUACAGGAUAAACAGCAGGAGUUAAAUAAGAUCACUACUCAGUUGGAUCAGGUCACUGCAAAGUUACAGGAUAAGCAAGAACACUGCAGUCAGUUGGAAAGUCAUCUUAAAGAAUAUAAAGAGAAACACCUUUCUUUAGAACAAAAAACUGAGGAAUUAGAGGGUCAAAUUAAGAAACUAGAAGCUGAUACUCUCGAAGUUAAAGGAAGCAAGGAGCAAGCUUUGCAGGAUCUACAACUGCAAAGACAGCUGAACACAGAUUUAGAGCUUAGAGCCACAGAGUUGAGUAAACAACUUGAAAUGGAGAAAGAAAUAGUAUCCAGUACAAAGUUGGAACUACAGAAAAAAUAUGAAGCUCUUGAAAAUAUGAAGCAAAUGCUUACCAAGCAAGAGGAAGAAAAAAAAGUCCUUAAACAAGAAAUUGAAAAUUUAAGUCAAGAUGCAAAGAUGCAACACAAGGAAUUGAAUAACAAAAUUCAAACAUCAGCAGCAGAACUACAAAAACUGAAGGUGGAGAAAGAAACUCUAAGGACAGAGCUUUCUACAGCUAAAGAGAAUUUAUCAAAAGUUUCUGAUUCUUUGAAGAACUCCAAAAGUGAAUUUGAAAAGGAAAAUCAGAAAGGAAAAGCUGUUAUAUUAGAUUUGGAAAAAACUUGCAAAGAAUUAAAGCAUCAGCUUCAAGUACAGACAGAAAAUGCGCUUAAGGAACAGAAUGAACUGAAAAAGUCACUUGAAAAAGAGAAGCAGACUUCUCAUCAGUUGAAGUUGGAACUCAGUUCAAUGCAGGGACAAGUUGCACAGGCCCAGAAUACUUUAAAACAAAAGGAAAAAGAAGAACAGAAACUUCAGGGGAACAUAAAUGAGUUAAAGCAAUUGACUGAACAGAAGAAAAAGCAAAUUGAAGCACUCCAAGGAGAUGUGCAAGUUGCUAUUUCACAGAAGACAGCGCUUGAGAAUAAAUUACAGCAGCAGUCAGCACAAGCAGCCCAGGCACUUGCAGCAGAGAAAGAGAGCACGUCGGCGCUACAAAAUUCCUAUGAAAAAAGUCAGGAAAAUUUAAAACAGCUUCAAUCUGAUUUCUAUGGGAAGGAAUCUGAACUUCUUGCCACAAGGCAAGAUCUUAAGUCUGUAGAAGAGAAGCUUUCUCUAGCACAGGAGGACUUAAUUUCAAACAGAAAUCAAAUUGGAAACCAAAAUAGAUUAAUUCAAGAACUGAAGAGUGCUACGGCUACCUUGGAGCAGAAUUUAGCAAAGAAAGAGCAGCAGUUGAAGGAGCAGUGUAAAAUGCUACAAGAUGUUCAAAAAGAAAAGUCACUGAAAGAAAAAGAACUAGUAAAUGAAAAAUCUAAAUUGGCAGAGAUAGAGGAUAUUAAGUGUAGACAGGAAAAAGAAAUUGCUAAAUUGAGUGAAGACCUCAAGUCCCACAAGCAAGAAAGCAUAAAGGAAGUAACAAAUCUCAAGGAUGCCAAACAGCUUUUGAUUCAGCAGAAACUAGAGCUUCAAGGGAAAGCAGAUUCCCUGAAGACAGCCCUUGAACAGGAGAAGAGGAACCAGCAGAUGCUAAAGGAGCAGGUGAAAAAGGAAGAAGAAGAGCUGAAGAGAGAGUUUGCUGAGAAGGAAGCUAGACUGCAUUCCGAAAUAAAAGAAAAAGAAGUGGGAAUGAAGAAGCAUGAAGAAAAUGAAGCUAAACUUACCAUGCAGAUUACAGCGUUAAAUGAAAACUUGGGCACUGUCAAGAAGGAGUGGCAGUCCAGCCAACGUCGCGUCAGCGAGCUCGAGAAACAGACGGAUGACCUGCGGGGUGAAAUUGCAGUACUAGAAGCCACAGUUCAGAAUAAUCAGGAUGAAAGGAGAGCACUCCUAGAAAGAUGUCUUAAAGGAGAAGGUGACAUAGAAAAACUUCAAACCAAAGUGCUGGAACUGCAGAGGAAGCUGGAUAACACAACCGCAGCGGUGCAGGAGCUGGGCAGGGAGAAUCAGUCCCUCCAAAUCAAACACACACAAGCGUUGAAUAGGAAAUGGGCUGAAGACAAUGAAGUACAAAACUGUAUGGCCUGUGGGAAAGGCUUCUCAGUAACAGUGAGACGGCACCACUGCAGACAAUGUGGAAAUAUCUUCUGUGCUGAGUGUUCAGCCAAAAAUGCCUUAACUCCUUCUUCUAAGAAGCCUGAAGAAGACAAAGCUGCUGGUACAGGAUUAGUUUAUUUGAAGAAAAACAAAGGAAACAUGAAGACCUCAAUGCAGUGUACAAAUAACAUUUUGUUCAACUACCUCUUAAUGUGGAAUUAGCUAGUUUGAUAGUCUCCUCACAGUAAUGUUAAAUAGUAACUGCCAAAUUUGUUAGUUUCCCAUCUCUCUUAGAAAGGCUUUAAGAUUAUUUUAUAGUUUUGAGAACUUUGAAGCCACUUUUUUUUAACUUUGCAUUUGCAUAAAAAUGUUUAGCUUCUAAGUGGAGAGCAAAUUAUGAUCAUAUAUUUUGAUAUUCAUGACCUAUUUGACUAUAGCAAUUUUUUUUAAUGCACUUUGGCUAUAAAACCAUGGAUGAUUUGAUCCAUAAGAUUUAAAUGUGCCAUCAAUUUAGUAUUCCUAGACAUGAGUUUGAUGAGCGGUGUUCUGUAAUUAUAAUGUGCCACACAUUAUCGUGUCUUAAUUGCCCUUUGCCUGAAUUUUAAUGAUCAAUUUGUUAUUGUUGCAGAUGUGAAUAUUGUGCAUAAACUUACUAAAUUUAUGUAAAAUUGUAUAAAAUAGAAUUGGAGAUAGCUAAGUUCUUUCUGUGUAGAAGUAAUGAAUUUAUUGUAACAUGAUGCCGUUAUGUAUAUGACAUUCUGUACUUCCUUGAACUGGAUCUCAUAUUCAUAGUUUCUAUAGAAACUUUUGCAUGAAUAUUUUCUCAUUUAGGUUUUGGAUUCAUUGUUUGUAUUGUGUUUACUACUUGUGAUCAUGUAGUUGUGCCUUAUUUUGUGAGAGAGUUUAGCUCAGUAAAUACUGUAAGUUCUAAACUCAGUGAGUGGAAGGUUAUUGAUGAUAAAUGUGACUGGUGAAUUACACAGCAGCAUUCAAAUCUGUAUAAAGAAAAAUGGAAGGAUCCUUAUUGAAUUGUUGAUUUUGUUUUUUUUAAUUUGUUAAAGACGAUAUUAAAAACCAUUUCUUUCUAGUAGA